GAAGAAAAUAGCGUUAGCGUAAGAGGGGUGCAUUUUGUUUGGAGCGGUAAUGAUCAGGUUGUUGAAGGCAGAAGUGGCGAAUUAGACACCGAGAAAGGAGCGGUUCUAUAUUUCUCGCGCGAUUCCUUUCUUCAUGCAACAAAGUGCAAGGGAUUCAAUUGCCAAAUCCAAACGACGUCGUUGGGCGAUGGAAGCACCUCAAGUGCUGGAUCUCUGAACUCUCCGGGAUUCGAAUCUCCACUCUUUCGCAAUGGAUUCGUGGCUCAAAGCCGCUGAAGGUUUAUUUGAAGUUGUUGAUCGACGAGCGAAGGCUGUUGCUGAGGAGCAGUCUGAUUUUAAGACUCCAGCAUCAAAUGGGCAAGGAUCUCAAGGCAAGAAGACAAAAUCAAAGCCAAAGGCUCAACAGGGACUAUCAAACUCAUCAACUAUAAUUAGUGAUACUACUAAGGAGAAAAGUGGAUCCCCAAUAGCACCUGUGGAUGUAACAACUUCAAUAGACAAAGUUGAUCCUGAAAAUGAUGGAAGUGCUUCCACAUAUACAAAUCAACCAAAGGACCAGCAAGCUAGCGAUCCGACAUCACCCUUGUUAGGUACUUCAUUAUCAAAAGUGCUUGGCAAUGAUGUUGGUAAACUUGACACGGAUGACAAAGAAGCAUCAGUAAAUGAAGCUGAUGUUGGAGUUGCCACUGUUGCUGCAAAUGGUGAUCCUGCCAAAGAGAAUGCUUCAGACAUUCUUGAGAUGGAUCCUCCAGCUCCCAAAGAAAUUGAGGGCCCCAGUGAUGAACUCGUUAGUACUGGCCAAAUUAUCAAAUCUGGAGAUUUAGAUGCCAAUAAAAAUAUGGAUCAAGAGAAAUCUGAAUCUGUGGCUGCUGACACAGUUCCUAAUAAUGACACUAUUCUCAGAGACUCUAAUGUAAAAGAUGAUUCUAAUGUGAACAGAGAAAACCAGGAGGAUCAUAAAACUGACAUCUCCCCCAAAAAAGUACAGGAUCAACUUGAGGAGGCUCAAGGAUUGCUGAAAACAACAAAAUCUACUGGUCAGUCUAAAGAAGCAAGGUUAGCUCGGGUCUGUGCUGGAUUAUCAUCCCGCCUUCAAGAAUACAAAUCUGAAAAUGCACAGUUGGAGGAACUUCUUGUUGCAGAGAGAGAGCUGAGUAAAUCAUACGAGGCUAGCAUAAAACAGCUACAGAAGGAUUUGUCUGAAGGUAAAAGGGAGGUGACAAGAGUUGAAUCAAAUAUGGUUGAGGCCUUGGCAGCAAAAAAUGCUGAAAUUGAGGCACUGCUAAGUUUUAUGGAAGCUGUUAAGAGGCAGGCUGCAUUGUCAGAAGGAAAUCUAGCUUCCAUGCAGGCAAGCAUGGAAUCAAUGAUGAGAAAUCGAGAACUAACAGAAACAAGGAUGAUGCAGGUAAGUAGGUUCUCUGAUCCAUGUAAGAUUACUAUAAUUAUACAAUAUUUCCCAUUCAUUUUAAGUAGUAUUGAAAUUCAUCUUCUUUGUAUGCAGGCAUGGCAGGAAGAAUUGGAGCGUGCACGUCAAGGUCAGAGGGAAGCUGAAAACAAGCUAUCUUCAUUAGAGGCUGAAAUGCAAAAAAUGAGAGUUGAAAUGGCUGCCAUGAAGAGGGAUGCCGAGCAUUACUCGCGUCAGGAGCAUAUGGAGUUAGAGAAACGCUAUCGAGAACUAACUGACCUUUUGUACUACAAACAAACACAAUUAGAAACCAUGGCCAGUGAAAAAGCUGCCACAGAGUUUCAAUUGGAAAAGGAAAUUAAGCGUCUUCAGGAAGCACAGGCAGAGGCCGAAAGAAAUAGAGUUUCUCGUCGGGCAUCUUCAUCUUGGGAAGAUGAAAAUGAAAUUAAAUCCCUUGAGCCUCUUCCUUUGCAUCACCGUCAUCUGGUCGGUGCAAGUAUUCAGUUGCAAAAGGCGGUGAAACUGUUAGAUUCAGGGGCUGUCAGGGCCACAAGAUUUCUCUGGCGAUAUCCAACAGCUCGAGUUACUCUAUUUUUCUAUUUGGUGUUUAUACAUCUCUUCUUGAUGUAUAUCUUGCAUCGCCUUCAGGCACAAGCUGACACUAUGGCUGCCAGAGAAGUUGCAGAAUCUAUGGGACUUUCUAACCAGAAUUUACCGUGACUUAUUGAAAAUAUUCUAUCUAGGGCCUACGUCAGGUGUUAAUAUCUUCCUGACAACAUAUUUUCAAGUGUACAUUUCCAAAGGGUUGCUUGAUAAUGGUUCAGCAAAUGACUCAAGUAUUGCAAACCAAAAGAGGAACUGUUGCAGGAUGGUGUUGGGAAAAUUGGAAUUUUCUUUAUAGCUGAAUGGGUGGCAGCUUCUCUUUCUUAUGUAGACUGUCCUGAGAAUUGAAUUGGUUAAUUAUAUGUUUAUUCGUUUUUUCUUAUCUGAAAAUGUAUUACGAGUGGAACGAUGUCGAUACCAAUAUUUUUGUGAAAUCCUUUUUAUUCGUUCCGAGGGCAAUUGCCAAAUCUAAAGGAUAUACUGCACUUGAAUGAAGAAAGUUGGUUACUAGAUAA